AUGAGUGCUUGGUGGAGAAUCCAAGGAGCUGAGUGGUUGCAGAUAAGCUUUCGAGAUUUUUGUGAAUCAAAAUCAAGGAAUGUGGAAGAGACAGCAAUGCAUGGUAGGGUAAAAGAAAGCUCCACAUGUGUGGCUGUGGUUCUGUCAGCAAACACCAAGUACUUAUGGUCUGCAUCUCAGAAAGCAGAUGCAAUACCGGUGGAGCGUGUUUUACACACACCUCCUGCGCACGUGAGCAGAGUAUCAGAGUUGGCACAGUCCAAACCUAACUUGGAAAAUUGCUUCCGGGACGGAAACUUGAUUACUGUCCAAACAUAA